CAGACGCGGGACGAGGAGCGACUAAAAGAGAUGCUUCACAAAGUGAAUGAAUAGUCUGACACCAGAGAGUUAAACGUGUCCCUAGUUUCUGUUUUAAUUGUUUUACAAACAGCUAGCUGUUAGCUGCCAGGUCCGCGUCACUUCCGCCAUGUCGCAGAGGAAGCGGCUGUCCAACACGCCGAACCCCUCGCAGGGCAAGAGGCCGUCCAGCUCCUCGGCGGCUCGGGAGGACAACGACGACACGGCCUUCACCCAGCCGAGCAGCACGCAGGUGCAGAGGGGGAUGGAGAAGCUCACACCUGCACAGGUGGACCAGAAGACGGCCGAGGUGGUGCAGUACUUCUUGGUGAAGGACCAGAAGAAGAUCCCAGUGCGCCGGGCAGAGCUGGUGAAACACGUGGUGAAGGAGUACAGAAACAUCUACCCUGAGAUCAUGAAGAGAGCAGCACGCACCUUUGACCAGGUCUUUGGCCUUAAGAUGAUUGAGAUCGACGCCAAAAACCACAUGUACAUCCUCAUCAACAAGCUGGAGCCGGGAGAGGGACCCCCCACCCUCAGGAGCCCGACCAACCCCAAGAUGGGGCUGCUGUUCGUCAUCCUGAGUGUGGUGUUUAUGAAAGGGGGCGUGGUCAGAGAGAACCUGAUCUGGAGCACGCUGAAGAAACUCCGCGUUGACCCUGGGGAGAAACACGAGGAGUUCGGUGACGUGAAGCGACUCGUCACAGACGAGUUUGUGCGUCAAAGGUACCUGGAGUACGGGAGGAUCCCUCACACUGAACCCGUGGAACACGAGUUCCGUUGGGGUCAACGAGCCGAUGUGGAAGUGUCGAAAAGCAAAAUCCUGGAGUUCAUGGGUCAACUUUAUGACCAGGACCCUCAGACCUGGACCCAGCAGCACCGGGAGGCCCACUCCGGGUCCAGCUCCUCGCAGACCGCCAGCAGCAGCCAGAGGUGAUCCAGAUGUUUAGCCAUGCCCCUCCUCCUAGUUCACUUGUUCAUAGUGAACAGAGGACAUCCCAUAAUACAGAUUGUACAUACUUGUACGUUCAUACUUUUUCUUUAUUAAAAACAUUCAGAACCACACACAA